ACGUGGCCAACGGGAAAACAUCGAACAGUGAAAGCGUUUAACACGCUUCGUUUUUGCCAAGUGAAAAGCGUUUCGGGGCACAUUUGAACACCAACAAAAAAAAAACAAAAAAAAAAGAAAAGCAAAGAAAAACAAAUGUAGCAAGGCCGCGCUUCAAUCUGUAUACACACAAUGUACAAAUAAAUAAUCAUAUCAAAGGCGGACGGACCAAGCGUAAACGAGGAUUCACUGUAACAGCUAAAGUUGUGGCUGCCACACGAAACUGAAGACAAUGAGCGCCACGGGCGGCAGCAGCAAUGGAGGCGGCAGCGGAGGAGCAGGAGCUGGCGGAGGGGUCAACGCAGCUCCUGCUGGCGGAGGAGGAAGCAAUGCCACGCACAUCUUUCGCUCGCUGUCAUCGGAAAGCCAAAAGCGCGAAUGGUCGAAGCGUCUGUCAUUGCGUGGCAUGCGACAUGGUGGAGGAGGAGGAGUAGGAGGAGGCGCCACCGCUGGAUUGGCAACCAGCAAGGAGGAGAGUGCGGCAAGUGGCACGGCGAGUGGCACAGCGAGUGGGGCAAGCAAGCAUCGCAAGUUCUUUAGCCGAUCCGCCUCAUUGAAGCAGGCGGGCAGCGGCAGCAGCAGGCAAACCUCCAUGGAAUUGCAUGUGCCCGGCCAGCACUCGGCCGGAGGAGCUGGCUCACCAGCCGGUCCGGGACAGCCACAAACACAGCCAUCAACGCCAAAGAAAUCCAAUUGGGAGGUGAUCGAACAUUUCAAUACCAGCGCCAAGGGAGGCAAGGCGAUGGUGAGCAGCAGCCUGAUUGCGGCUGGCAUCACGCGCUGCAACAUCGAUGAGUCCAUUGAUUCGACCAACUCGAGUUCCACCUGCCACAGCCCAAUGAUCUAUCAACGCGACGAGGCGCAAUUGCUGCAGCAAUCUGAUGGCGGCGAUGGUCGCAGCAAUGUGGAGGCGGCAAAUAAUCCCAGCACCUCGGGCACUGCGGCAAGUCCGAGCAUCUCGUUUUGGUAUCGCCUCAACCGCAUCAUUCUGCGUCUCUGCUCGACGCAUCAGUUUAAGAACCUGCAGGUGGAAAUGCUCUAUCAGCGUUAUUUUUUGCGCAUGAAUCAGAGCAACACAACGCAUAUACUGGCGCUGUUGCUAACGCUCAUCCUGGCGUUGUCCUGCACGCAUAUUGUCUUCACCACGCUGCAACUGCGACGCAGCUUUGUGCCAGCCACAACGGCCGACAUACGAUUGGAACGUCUAACCAUCGAAGGCAGCGUCGAGAAUUUGACACACGCCACAACUUCGACGCCAACGCCAACUCCAACUACGGUGUCGAUGCCAACUUCAACGGCAGCAGCAUUGCCACAAAUUGCAAAUGGCAACGAAUUGGGGCAACUUCGCAUGCUGAUGGCUAACUAUGGCGGCGCAUCGGGCAGGCGGCAGAAGCGUAAACAUUAUCGACGCCAGCACAAGCAUCGCUACAAGCCGCAGCAGCAUCGAGUCAGAUACAAACUGCGUGCCAAGCGUGCCCUGGAGCAGGAGCAUCAGCAUCAUCGUCACCACUCGACUGUUGACAUUGCCCAGCUGAAUGCGGCCUCAUCUCUGGCUCUUGAUGAUGAUGCUGUUGAUGUUGCUGAUGGCAUAAAACGCAUUACCAAUUCGCGCAACAACAAUGAAAGCCAACGGCAUCAGGCACGUGAUGAAGUGCUCAAUCUGACGCCGUUUGAUAGAUCCAACAACAACAACAACAACAGCAACAACGGCAGCAACAAGGAUGAAGGACAGGACGAGGAGCAGCUGACUGGACUAUUUGGUUUAGCAGAUAAUUUCGACACUUCAUUGGAUUACGCACACAUGCUGCUCGCGCUGAUUGUGCAAAUCGAUGAGUCUGUGCUCGUUUUCCUCAUUGUCAUGCUAAUCUGUGCCAUUGUCUAUGCAUUUCUACUCUGCAUACUCUCCAAGCCGGCCAUGAACGAAAUCUUUCUGGUGCUUGUCUCCUAUGUCAUAUUGGGCACGUUUCUGGCCAUCGAAAUAGCCGUUAGCUAUGCCAUGCAACCCAGCAAAUCAUUCAAUGGCAGCGCCUGCUGUAUUGUGCUCAUCUACAUGACGUAUACGAUGUUGCCGCUGCGUUUGCGUGAGUCGCUCAUCGGUGGCAUGCUGCUUAGUGGCACGCAUUUGUACACAUCUCUGCACACACAAUACGUAAGCGAGGAGCUUCAACUCGAAGGACAACGCGAACAGAUGUCACUGCGCUGGCAGGAGUUGCUGUGCACGUGCAUCGCUCUGCUCUUGGCCAACCUAACAGGCGUCUACACACACUGGCCCAAGGAGAAGGCUCAACGCAAGGCGUUUAUCGAGACGCGACAAUGCAUCGAGGCGCGUCUGCGGACACAGCGCGAGAAUCAGCAGCAGGAGCGACUGCUGCUCUCGGUGCUGCCGCGACAUGUUGCCAUGGAGAUGAAGGACGAUAUUGCGGGCCAGCCACGUGACACGCAGUUUCAUAAGAUUUACAUACAGCGCCACGAGAAUGUGAGCAUUCUCUUUGCGGACAUUUGCGGUUUCACGAGCCUCUCGGAUCAGUGCACGGCCGAGGAGUUGGUGCGUCUGCUGAACGAACUCUUUGCACGCUUUGAUCGAUUGGCUGCGGAGCAUCAUUGUUUGCGCAUUAAGCUGCUCGGCGAUUGUUAUUAUUGUGUCUCCGGUUUGCCGGAGCCUCGGCCGGAUCAUGCUCACUGUGCUGUGGAAAUGGGACUCGAUAUGAUAGACGCCAUAGCUUUGGUGCGAGAGGUAAUGGCCGUGAAUGUGAACAUGCGAGUGGGCAUCCACACUGGACGAGUGCAUUGCGGCGUAUUGGGUCUGGUCAAGUGGCAGUUCGAUGUCUGGUCCAACGAUGUAACGUUGGCUAACCACAUGGAGAGCGGCGGCAUUCCCGGACGCGUGCACAUCACCAAAGAGACGCUCAAGUGCUUGGAUGGCGACUACGAGGUGGAGGAGGGCAAGGGCAACGAACGCAACUCCUAUCUCAAGGAUCAUCAGAUCGAAACGUAUCUCAUAGUGCCGGGAGAUAUCUACAGACCACACAAAAAGUCGCGCAAUCGUCUCCAAGUCAACGGCAACAUCUCGAAGGAGCUGCGCAUGAUGGGCCAUGGCACCGCACAGAAACACACCUCCAAAUUUGGUUUCGGAGAUAGCGCGGAGAGCACCAAGGAUCCCGAGGAUGAGGUCAACGAGUAUCUGAUGCGUGCCAUCGAUGCACGCAGCAUCGAUCAUCUGCGUGCAGAACAUUGUCAAUCGUUGUUGCUGCGCUUUAAGAGUGCAGCAUUAGAGCGUAAGUACGCCAGCGAACCGGAUCGCAUGCUCUGCGUUUAUUUCUAUUGCAGUCUGCUCGUCUUGUUGGGCACUUCUGUGAUGCGUUUUGCAGUCUUUGAGAAUUCCACGCUCUGUCUGGUUCUCUCCUUUGGCGCCUUGCUGCUUUUGGGCUCGAUGGUCUUCUUGGUUGCCUGCCAUCAAAUUAAUGUUCAGCUGCCCAUCGUGGUGAAGCGCUUCUCACGUCACAUUCACAGCAAUCGGACGUGGUCGCAGUUCUUUGCCCUGUCGACGGUUGGACUGAUUGUUUUGACCACGUUGCUGGCCAUGUUGCAGGAAUCGUCACGACAGCUGGAACUGCGGCACGAGGAGUGGCUCCGGUUGCCACUGAAUAGCACACAGUUGCAACAGGAGUUGCACGAACUGGUUGCCGACUGUGAUUUCUACUUGGCCUACAAUACAUUCCUGCUGCUCACGCUGCUCUCGAUGAUGUGCUGUGCCACGUACCAAGUGCUGCGCAUUCUGCUGAAGCUGCUCCUCUUGCUGCUUGCCGCAUUCAGUUACAUGGCCUGCUCCAGCUAUUUGUAUGCAAGCAGCAGGGAAAUGAGCCUCGACUUGGCGAAUGAGGAAGCCUUGCUGCGCUACAUAAUUGAUUCAAUCUUCCUAUUUGCAUUUAUGCUCGCCCUAAUCUUCCACAGCCAUCAGACCGAGGCCACAUACCGUCUGGACUUCAUCUGGAAGCUGCAGGCAACGGAGGAGAAAGAGGAUAUGGAGCAUCUACAGGCUUAUAAUCGUAAACUGCUCGAAAACAUUUUACCAGUGCAUGUUGCCGAGCACUUUUUGAGCCGCGAAAAACACCUCGAUGAUCUGUACCACGAGCAAUGCGAUUCGGUCUGCAUCCUGUUUGCCAGCAUACCAAAUUUCUCCGAGUUCUACGUGGAACUCGAGGGCAACAACGAGGGCGUCGAGUGUCUGCGACUGCUCAACGAGAUUAUCGCCGAUUUCGAUGAGCUGCUCAGCGAAGAGCGUUUCCGCUGCAUUGAGAAAAUCAAGAGCACUGGCGCCACUUACAUGGCUGCCUCGGGGCUGACGGUGAACACCUGCGACCAGGUGAACUUCAGUCAUGUCACCGCCAUGGCGGACUAUGCGCUGCAGCUCUUCGACAAGAUUGAGGAGGUCAACAUGCAUUCCUUCAACAACUUUCGUAUGCGCAUAGGCAUCAACAUUGGCCCAGUGGUCGCUGGUGUGAUUGGCGCCUGCAAGCCACAGUACGACAUCUGGGGCAACGCGGUGAAUGUGGCUUCGCGGAUGGACUCGACGGGACUCGUGGAUCACAUACAGGUGACCCAGGAGAUGCAGCAGAUACUCGAGUGCCGCGGCUUCGAGCUCACCUGUCGCGGCAGCGUCAAUGUCAAGGGCAAGGGCUCCAUGAUAACCUACUUUCUCAAAGGCAAAGCGCCAUUGCCCACCGAAGCCGCAGCUCCCAUCGCUGCAGCUGUGGAACAGCAGCCACCAAAGAGUCUACCAUUGACCACAGCUCCGCCAGAGACCAAGGAAAUCGAGGCAGUGGCUGCCACUCCGGUGCCGACGCCUGAUGAAGACGAUGACAUUGAGGACGACAUCGAUCUCAACUCGAAUAUGCAAAACUUGACAGCGCAGCGUCGCAAGUCGCUCUGCAGACAGCACAACAUCUCAUCAUCCUUUGGCACCACGGUCAGCAGCUCUACGGGUAUCACGCCCAGCAUAUCGAACAGUUCCAGUGUGGUCACCAUUGGCGCUUUGCCUGCUUUGCUAAGGAACUCAAAUGCAGCGAAUGCCGAGAACUGUGUGACGCCCACAGCGCCACCCAAAACAUUGGUCACCGAACUCAAAGAGGAAAUCACACAGAGCACGUUGAAGGACUCGAUUGAGAAUCUCGAGAUACUGCUAAAGAACAACAUAAGUUUAUCGGAUUUGAGCAAUAAGCAGCAGCAGAAUCUACGUGGCGAACUCGUCUCCACAUCCACCUGCAGCUCGGCGACAACAACGCUGCGCAAACGCGACACAAUCGUUAGUUUCAAUGUGAUCGAAACGUUGACAACAACUGCGGCUUAUUCGCAGCAACAACGCAAGCGACGCUCAGUGACCACCAUGGCAGCGAGUUGCACCACGACAACCACACGAUUGCUGUCUAAUGAGAGCCAGAGCUCCACUCAAACGGCGCCUGGCACGUUGGAGAGCAGCGGAGCAGCCGAUGGCAGUGCUGUGGUGUUGUUGCCAACUGCAACAAGCGAUUGGCAGCCACGCACUACGAGCCUCGAACCGAAUCGAAGUCCCAUCAAGACGUCGCAAUCGAUGAGUCCCAUUGGGUUGGCCAGCGAGGUGUUUGUCCUGCCCAACAGUCGCAGCAUGAUCUUGAUCAGCAGCAACAGCAGUGGCAGCAACAGCAAUGGCACAGCGAAUAGUCCUCGCGCAGGAUUGCUGCAGGAUGUGAGCACGUAAAGCGCUAAGAAUCUUCUUGUAAAUAUGUACAGAAUGGAUAAACAGAAAGAGAGAAAGAGAGCGCCCAGCUAGUAAUCAGUAUUUUUCCCACACUUGAAAUGAUCUCGCAUUUAAGCAUCAAUAUAUUGUUGUUCCUUGUUGUUCCUUUAACACUUGUAGCGAGCGAGUACAGGGUAGAAUUUAAUUUCAACCUCAACAUGAACUGCAUAUCACACGCAAAGUAAGUACGAAAGCAAUUUUGCACCACACAAUUUUUGGGUACCAAGCAACACAACCACUGAACACACACUAGAUACGAAGAUAGUUUUGAUGUAGCUUGUAAGCGGGAGGGACACGAGGGAACGGGUCAAAGGUUCCUAUGUAGCAUUAAAGGCAACACGAGACGAAACUGCAUAAAGAGAAAGCAACGCAAAGUGUAGCACAGAAACUGAAUUUAAAAGCGAAAAUUAAUCAAUUACAGGGUAUGCCAAGUCGAACAAGCACACGCAAAUAUUAACUACAAAGAAACUAAAAUAAUAAUAUAAAACAGUUUAUCGAAACUAACUGUCAAUUCUUAGAGCAAAAGCAGACGAAAGGCUGUUCCGAAUUACACUUUCGAUUCAAUUGCGAAAAUCUACAUUUUACCCAAGUUCCCCAAAAUAAGUUGAUUGUGUAACUCGGAACAGCCUGCACAAAAAAGGCUGUUCCAAAUUACACUUUCGUUUCAAUUGUGCAAAUCUACAUUUUAUCUAGACUUCCAUAUGUAGAAGAUUGUGUAUUUCAGAAAAGUAGGAAACAAUUUUACUUUUUAAAUUUUCCUAAAUUAGUUGAUUGUGUAAUUCGGAACCGCUUGCACAAAAAUGAAAAUAGAUUUAUUUAAACAAUACAUUCAACUAAAAAGCAAAGUUGUUAAUUAUGCUUUAUGUGUAUGUUAAAACGAUUAUCAAAUGUAAAAUGUAUGUGUGCGAGUGUGUGGAUGAAUGCGUCUCAAUGUUGCUGAAAUCAACACUAAAUUUAAUGUUUAAACAAAGCGUAUUUAACAAAUAUACAUACAUAUUAUAUAUAUAUAUUACGAUAUAACUUCAACGGAACAAAACCAAAGAAACAAAAACCAAAAAACACAAAAAAAAAUCAAUUCUUGCUGUGAUUUCUAUUGUAAAAUUAAAAUGUAUAGAUUAUUUUAUGGACUUGUGAUUUGUGUUAACUUAGUUUUAGUUGGAAUAACUCGAAAACUCGACAACUGUUUGCAGGCGUGUUCUAAAAAGCAAUUUCGCAAAUUUCGGUUUUAGAUACGAAAACAAAGUUUAAGUUCAAAUAAUUUUCUACACUUUAUGGCGGUUUCAAGCACUUGGCGAUUGCUAGGCGAAAUUGAUAAUGAGAACACGCCUGCAACUUUUAUUACGACACCUCUUUGACUAGCGCAGAAUUUAACUACUAUAAUUUAACUAAGUUUUCUACCAUUUAGAUCGGCUAUCGUAGGACUAAAUAUAUAUAUAUGAGAUAUGAUAUAUGUGUAAAAUGGUAUAUUGAAGUACAAUUGUGUCAAUUUAAGUGAAAGAAACAAUGUUAAAUGUAUUUAUUGUAUAAUGUAUUGUACGAGUACUCGUAGUUUGCUGUUUCGGUUAAGGUUAAGGUUGAAUUCAAUGUUUAUUAAAUGUGUCGCAAAU